AUGGCAGCAAACUUCACAGUUUUCAGUAUUCUUUUGGCAAUCCUUCAGUCGCAUUUCCUGAUUGUGUCUCCCGCAUGCCUGUCCUGUCGCAGCCCAUGGACAAAUUUUGGGAAUAAUUGCUACCUUCUCGUGAUGGACGCCAAGAGCUUUGAUGAAGCUGAACAGUACUGUCAGAUUUUGUCACGCCUUGGCAGACCAUCUCAUCUGGCGUCCAUUAUGAGCCAAGACGAAAAUGACUUCCUCCUCCUGCUUAUCAAAUCCGUGUACGGGGAAACCGGCAAGAGAACCUGGUUUGGCUAUCGUUUAGACCGAUCCAGCAACUCGCCAACUUGGGGCUUUAUCGACGGCAGCCCUUCAGAUGGCUACACCAACUGGCAUGGAAACCAACCCACCGGGGAUGGAGACUGCGUAGAGUUCUUUGAAAGUGCGAAAAACUUCUUGUGGAAUGACCUACGUUGUUCCUACAAAAGGAUUUCCAUCUGUAAAAGACCAGCCAGGUUCUGA